UACUCAACCAACAUCGCCUGUCACUCGGUUCGCCGCUCCCUAUCUCGCUCCACCAACUCCCGAGUCCCCGCCGAAUACAGAGCAACAGCGAGCGAGCGAGCGAGCGAGAGAAAGAGAGAGAAUCUGGGUAUCCAUUGGGGGUGAAAUUCCAAUCUCUGCUUUCUUUCUUCGAUUCGGAUUCCUCGAAAAGGGCCGGAAGGUUCCCGCUUGAUUUGUCCAUCGACAGGACACGGUUGCGGCCGGCCCCGGAUGGAACUGAGGUCCCCUGUAGGUGAUGUGGCCGCUCUAACGAGUUAUAGACAUGAAGUUUCAAUCAUGGAGCUCGAGCUCAGAGUAUCGUGUGAUCUAUAAUCUAUCGCUGCAAGUGGAAUGAAAUGGCGAGUGCUGGAUUUAGCCGGAGCGUGUCCGCUCGCCUCAGCUACCGCAAUGUCAGCGUCAGCAGCCCUAGAGUUUCCACUUCCGCUCAUCGAAAAUGGUUGGUGCCUGGAUAUUUCUUUAACGCGCUUGUCCUCGUCUUCUUCCUCGUUUCCCUUGUUCUCGUGCUGGGUUGCGUUCUGUACUUGUAUUGGUUUCGGUAUCUGUCCCGCGGCGGGAACGGGUUGGUCUCAGCGUUCGGUGGUAUUGGCGAGGGCUGCAAUGUCUUCGAGGGGAACUGGGUGCCGUCCGAUUCGUAUCCAUUGUACAAUAGCUCAUUGUGUCCUUUUAUAGAACGAGGCUUCAAUUGCUUGGCCAAUGGUAGGAUGGACACAAACUAUCUCCGGUGGAGGUGGAGACCUCGGCUUUGUGAAGUGCCUAGGUUUGAUGCCUUUGAGAUCUUGGAGAGGCUCCGUGGGAAGAGGAUUGUGUUUGUGGGGGAUUCAAUGAGCAGGACGCAGUGGGAAUCUCUCAUUUGUCUGCUGAUGACGGGAGUGGAAGAUCCCCUUAGUGUGUAUGAGAUCAAUGGGAACAAUAUCUCGAAAACUAUUCAGUUUCUGGGAGUUCAGUUCAGAUCUUUUAACUUCACUGUGGAGUUCUUCCGUUCAGUGUUCCUUGUGCAGCAGGGUCUGCCUCCUAGAUACGGGCCUAAGAGGGUUAAAAUGACUCUGAAGCUUGAUAAAAUGGAUAAUAUAAAUCGAAGAUGGGUUGAUUCUGACAUUCUGAUCUUUAAUUCUGGACAUUGGUGGACUCCAACUAAAUUGUUCGAUGUGGGCUGCUAUUUCCAGGUUGGAGGCUCACUGAAGCUUGGAAUGUCCAUAAAUUCUGCUUUCAGGGUGGCAUUGGAGACGUGGGCAUCAUGGGUUGAAUCUACGAUCAACACGAACAGGACGCAUGUCUUCUUCAGGACAUUUGAGCCUUCUCAUUGGAGUGGUUCAGGCCAAAAAACUUGUGAAGUGACAAACCAACCUACAUUAGAGGCUAAAGGGAAUAUCAGGAGCGAAUUCACAGACAUCAUAGCUGACGUGAUAGCAAAAAUAACUGUUCCAGUGACUGUCCUCAAUGUUACUAUGAUGGGAGCAUAUCGAAGUGACGCCCAUAUAGGCCCAUGGAGUCAUCCUUCAUCCAUUCUUGAUUGCAGCCAUUGGUGCCUUCCUGGAGUGCCGGAUGCUUGGAAUGAACUUGUAUUUGCAUCGCUGUUCAGGAAUGGCUGGCGAUAACCCCAAAGAUGAGCCAUAAACAUGAAGAUCAAUUUUGCACUUAACCCCACCUUGUUAUAUUAUUUUGGGGUUUCCUCCAGCUAAAAUGCUAAAGCAGUAGCAGUUUUUGUCCAAAAUGAAACAAGCUCGUCAUGGAAAAUGCUAAAAAAUUACCCUUUUUGUUUGAGGCUCUCGGUCACUUCUUUCCUGAUGAAGCCUUGCAUUUUUCUCUUGUAUGAUUUUUUUUUUUAAUAUUUGUUUAGCUCUUAUUUCCUUCAUCAGAAAAAAAAAAAAAAGGAAAGGCAGAGAACCUGAGAGGUGAUUGACACAUGCGAAGUGCAAAUUUCUUUAGUUGAAACAUUCUUUUUCUGUGCCCAUAAGGGAUCUGGAGCUUGGAAAAAAAAAAAAAAUACUGCAGGAUAAAGCUGGUUCAGAUGAAUCUUAAAAUUGCAUUUAUUUUUUGUUAUUUUUAAGUUUUGUUCA